AUGGCCCCGCAGUCUCGCCGCGGCUCCAGCAGCAACGACCCCUACCACCGCUAUCUACUGCUCUCCACCCAGCAGGAGACUCUCCGCCAGCGUCUGACGCUGCAGAUCCCGCCCUCGACAUCGACCCUGACCAACGAGCCAUCAUACUCUCCUCGCUCGUCCUUUUCGUCGGACAUGUCCACCCAGUACAGUCCGACACACUCGCCCUCUCAGACUCCGGCAACCCCCCACCACACAGCCGCUCCCUCCAGCGCUGCCAGCUCAUCGCCAACUCCCGACAUGCCAGGUGUCGUGCACUCCUCUCACGCUUCGCACCACGGCAUCCGCGCCGGCCAGCCCGUGCCCGAGGACAGCAAGCUGUAUGACGUAAACAAGCAGGUCAAAGCUGUGCUGACCGAACUGCUCAACACCGACAGCGUCAAGCACGACGAGCGCUUCCGCAUGUGGGUGCAAGGACGCCUCAUGGAGACUGAGAUGGAAAUGCGUCGUCAGCGCAGGAGACGGAGCAGUGUUGACCGAGAAGUGCUCGAGAGCAUCGCCGAGCAUUUCUGA